AUGUGUUCACUCGAUGAUCCGAUAUACCUCAAAUUUUCUGCCAAAGCAGCCACGCUCUACGUGUCAACUACCAAGGAUGAUCUUCGCCGCACAAUAAUCCAAUCAUUAUUCUUUAACCGUCGUUCCAAAGUCUGGACCACACCAUACACAGGGAGCGCAUUCUGCCGUUUUGAGCGGACCACCGACCAAUCGCUGGGCUUGCAUCUCCGAGUCAAAAUCAGGGAACUGGUGAAGCUUCAGCUUCCUGAUUACGAUGGUUACAUCUCUAUGCCGGUCAAAGGUGAAUCGUUCGUCCGUGGUGGCAAGCCGUGGACCAUAUACUCUGAGACGGGGUCUGUAAACCUUGAAGCCCUUCCAGAUAAGAUGAGGGUGGAGACGGAGGGUGGAGCAAAGGAUCGGCCGUGA